AUGUCUAAUGUCUCUCUUGUUGAAUACACUAGUUUUCCUGAUACAUCAACUUUUCCAGGCCACUAUGUGCUCUAUUGGGAACUUCAGGGAAACAAUAACAAUGUCGUAAUUCCUCAGAAAGUGCUUGAGGAAUGUUGUCUGGUAAUGGAAGAAUUCCUCGGUUAUGAGUAUCGUUAUAUGCGCACUAACAAGAAAUUAAUUGGACCCCUAGAGAUAAAGAUUGUAGAUACAGGAACGUUUUGUAAGCUGAUGGAUCAUGCAAUCAACCAAGUUUCAUCAGUUGCACAGUACAAGACUCCUCGAUGCAUGAAACCUGGUUCCAUGAUCGAAAUCCUAAACUCUAUGGUUCUUUCAAGCUUUUUCAGUCAAAGUUGUCGUCCUAUGGCUGCUGAUUCACCAACCUUAUUUUCCUCUUCUCCCAAUAGUACUCUAGAUCAUGCAGGACAUCAUGGGUUAUCGGCACCUGCGAUAGCUGGGAUAGUGGUAGCAGUUGUACUUGUAAUUUGUGUUGUUGUUGCUGUGUUCUGCUACUUCCAGAGAAGGAAGAAGAAGCGGUUGGAGAUGCUAGUACGUACAGGCAAAGGAAUGCAAACUUUGGAAGCUUCGCGCCAGCUGGCUAAUAGGAUGCAGCCUACAGAAGCUGGUAAUGCUGUGCGCCAGCCCACUAUUCAGCUGCACAACACCGAAGCUGGUAAUUGCUCUUCAAGGGUGGAAGGCGAGUUCUCCUUUGGUUUCCUACAAGAGGUAACGCAAAACUUCAGUGAACAAAAUUUGUUAGGCGAGGGGGCAUUUGGGAAGGUCUAUAGAGGGAAGUUUCCGGACGGGACCGAGGUUGCUGUUGAGAGGCUGAAUCUCAUAUUAGACGUAGCUGGGUUGAUGGCGUUCCAGGCUGAGCUCUCCAUUUUGAAGAUGACACACAGACACCUCGUAUCUGUGAUUGGGUUCUGUAACCAAGGCGUUGAGCAUCUGAUUGUUUACGAAUUCAUGGAGAGCGGAACACUACACCAAAAGCUCUUUGAGUGGAUUGACACUGGUGGCAACCCCAUGAGCUGGGAUGAGAGGAUUGUAGUGGCGCUAGAUGUGGCUAAGGGCUUGCACUACCUCCACAGUCUGUCCAGGGAGGCCUUUGUACACAGGGAUGUAAAAUGUAAAAAUAUCCUACUCGACAGGGAUAUGAGGGCCAAAAUCUCGGAUUAUGGCCUGGUGAAGGCAAUGCCAGAUGAUGAGAAGUCGGUGGUGACCAAGUUAGCUGGAACUCGUGGAUACCUUGCGCCUGAGUACGCAAUGACUGGUCAUUUGUCGAUCAAAGCUGAUGUGUAUGCUUUUGGCAUAGUUCUCUUAGAACUUAUUACAGGUCAGACGACAGUGGACGAUGGUCAGGCAGGGAAGAAUUUGGCGAUGCGCUUUCGUCCCGUCUACAAGAGGGGCAUGGAGAAUGUGAGAGCUUUGGUCGACCGGUCACUCGACCCGGAUGUGCAGGGCCUUAAUGGAGGCUCUGAGAGAUGGCCCCAGCGUGCAGAGGAAGAGGAGGAAGAAGAAGAAGAAGCUGCUUUUGACAGGGAACGUUUUCUUCGGGAUUUGGGUAAUGAUGGAGAAGGCACCACGGCUUAUUACAGCGUCUGGGACUCGGAGCAGGGUCAGUAA